AUGCCAUGUUUAGCCUUGCCAGAAAGAAGUCUUAGCUCAAGAAAAAGAAGAAGAGCCGUUAAAUUGGAUGAUACCAUCAGACCGAAAUGGGCUUUAAUCAGAUUCAAAGAUCUGCCCCAAGAACCCGCAGAGAUUCUCCCUGUCGACAGAUUAUACACUGAAUCAAAUGAGAGAGCCGUCUGCUCCAGUGUAGCCAAAGGGGACACAUGCUUCGUGACUUACGAAACAGUGGGGAAGAGUGGGGGAAAAGAAGGCAGAGACCUGUCCUGUGGAAAUAAUGCAGCUCAUAACUGUGAACUUCUUCCUGCUGCAGUGGAACAGGACCUCCCUAGAGCUCAGGAACCAAGCCAACUCAUUCCUGCUACAGUGGAACAUGAACCCAGGUCCCCAACCAUCGAGCCUUUAAGUCCCUCCCCUGCGACUAGCAUAUCAAGGACUCAUUGGUCUCCCAUGACAAGCACCCCCACGACACCUUUCUCCCAAGUUAUCGACCCGCUCCACAACUAUGAGUUAAUGAAGAGAGUAAUGGAGGAUGCCCUUGCACCGUACAAGCAGGAUUUGGAGAAGGUGAAGGAGAAGACUAAGUGCUACAAGCGAGAAUUGGAGGAGGUGAAGGAAGAGAUGAAGAGCUACAAGCGAGAAUUGGAGGAGGUGAAGGAAGAGCUGAAGUGUUCUAAGAGAAGGAAAAGGAACAAGCCCGGCCCUGGUAUGUACCAAAUCGUAUUUAUAUACUGA